AUGGGCAGUUCUAAAAUUGGCUUCUGUUGUCACAGAAACAGACAACUAAUCAUUUCAUUGCUAUUUAUCUUGGUUUCAAGCUUGACCCUUGUGAAAUUCGUGGCUGAAGGUAGGGCAAUUACCAAGCUGCUGGAGGCUGCACAUAAGGGAGUUGGAGAGGAGAAAAUAGCGGUGAGAGCUCAGGCAAUAGGGUCAAGGCCACCAAGAUGUGACAGAAAGUGCAGCUCUUGUGAGCAUUGUGAGGCAGUUCAAGUACCAGUAACAACACAAGCCCACAACCACAAGAGAAGUCAAUUCUCUACUGCAAUUUCCAAUAUUGCAUACUCCAGAGGUGGUGAUGUCUCCAAUUACAAGCCAAUGAGUUGGAAAUGCAAGUGCGGCAACUUAAUUUUCAAUCCAUGA